AUGGUCCGAGACGAGAUAGUCGCGCAACUGAUGGACAAUCCAAAUGAUGCCAAACUCGUCAGAGAUCUUGGGAAGCUAUACUUGAGAUUCAACGAACCUAGCCAGAAUGACAAGCAGAGCCACCCUGCUCGCAGGAUCGGUCAUGCUAGCGCGGCGCCAAGAAGCGAACCCAGCUUGAAAUUAGCGAUUCAUUAUCUAGAGCAAAGCAUUCAGAUUGACAAUCGGGAUCCACUUACCUGGCUUCUUCUAGGAAGGGCGUGGUCAUUAUUGCUUGCAUAUCCAACUGAACACGAAAGCGAGCGAGAACAAAGGCUAUCGAAUUCCUCCCUCGCCUUCAGAAAGGCGAUCCACAUCUCAUCCAAUCUGACAGCCCCAAGACUGCGCCAGUACAAAGAAGCGGCAAGCGUGCUACAGGAUGCAUUAGGGACCGAUCAAGCGGAUGUAGAGUCGUGGUGGGAGUUGGGUCGGAUGAUGGAACUGUGGGCGCUCGAUGAGGAACCGCAGUCCCCCACCACCAAGCAGGAAAGAGUCGAGAGGAUGCGCCAUGGCUGCGAGGCUUUUAAGAAAGCCACUGAGCUCAAGCCCGAUGACGUGAUGCUCCGGCAGGGCUGUCUCGAUGGCGAAAAGGCUUUGCAGAAGUUGAUGGCUGAAUUGCAAGCGGAGGAGGAAAAGUCGUUGAGGGCGGAGGAAGACGUCAAACUAGCGGCUGAGAGAAUGAGAGCCCUAAAUCUCUCUCCUGUUACCAACAAGCCAGCCACCACGCACACCUCAUCCGUUUCGGCGCUCAGGAAGCUGGUCUCGGAGUUGCAAGAGAUCCCCGAGUUUGGCAAGAAGGCCCAGCGCGCUCCAUCGCCCGACCCGACUGCCCUCUCGCCGGCCGUUGAAGACCAGAAAAAGCCUGAGGCCGAGCAGCCGCCCGCCACCCGGACCGAGGAUCCGAUCUGCACCACCCUGGUCGGGUCCGUUGUUUCAAGCUCGCCCGCUCCGUCCACCGCUGCUAACCGCACUCGAGCGCCGACUACCGGGGAAGUCGACGAGUCACCUGUCACCCAAACUACUCCUUUGCCGCAUGCAAUACAAGAAAACUUAAAGUCUUUCAGCCUCAAGAUUGGGAUCAAAGAACUGGCCGGAAUGUGCACCGAAUGA